AUGCGUUUUUCCACGGCCGUAACCGCUCUUUUCGCCCUCGCUCUCAGCGUUUCCGCCUCGCCGCUCGAGCAGAGACAGACUUGCGACAUCACGACGCCCGAAUACUGCCCGGGCGAUCUUGCUGGAUGCAAGGCAUUCUGCGACAACUUCGAUUAUCUCCAGGCCAGCUGCAACAAUGGGCAGUGCUGCUGCUUCUAA